GUAUAAAAGAGGCGCCACCGCAUAGGGAAGACCAAACGAAUUCAAAGUAUCUCUUCUCAAAUUAUCAUUGUGCAACAGGUUAAAACUCUGUUUCGUUGGCAAAUUAAAAUGAAUCUACUACACGGUUUGUUUUCGGUGCUAUUUAUCGUUGAAUUUUCAGAACUUCAUGGAAAACAUGGCUUCUUCUCGCAAGCUCUUCUCAAGGGCGAAGUGGUUGAAAACAUGUCGCAGGCAAAGUUUGUAGCUGGAAUCCAUGUCCCCGCAAAAUAUUUGUAUGCAUUCAAAAACAAUUUAACUGACGCUGAUAGAGAAAGGCUGUCUACAUGUACCGCAUUUAUUCUGUCGAAAACGGAAAUUAUCACGAAUGCCCAUUGUGUGGCUGGCGCUCCAUAUGCAUAUGUGGUAGCUGGUACGAAAGUUGCAUCAGACAAAAAACAAAAAAUCAAAAUCAAAGUCGAAAAAGAGAACAUUGCAUAUCACCCUUAUUAUAGUCAUUCAAUUGUUGGUCCAUUUGAUAUUGCCAAAAUUACACUGAAAACGCCGUUAGAAUUCAGCGAUACCGUUGGCAGUAUCAAACUCGUGGACAAGGAUUACAAAUUGAAUAACUCAUCAGAAGUGGUCACUGUCUAUGGGUAUGGCGUGUUGAAUCUACCAAUGAUAUUGAGGCGUUGCGAUGCAAACUAUAUAUCUGAUGUCGAUCGUGUCAGCGCAUUUAACCCACGUCAAACAUUGUACUUUACUACUGGUAAAGCUACGAAAGAUGGCGAAAUUCUUAUAUCGGGCGAUUCGGGUGGACCAGUCGUUUCAAAAACAAAUGGCAAAAUCGUGGGCAUAACUGUGGGUAUAAAUGGAACAACAAGUGGUCGUGGAAUGUUCCUUCCAAUUACUCUAUUCCUUGAUUUUAUUCAUGACCCAAAGAGUGUGAAACCAAUUCCACCUCCGCUUACGCCUAAGGAAGCUAAAUUUAUGGCCGAUAUAACGGUACAGCCAAAAUUUCUUACCUUCUAUGCCGAUGCCAACGAAAAUUCUCCAAUCCAUUUUAAUGCAAUAAUUUUGUCGAAAACGGAGAUUUUGACCUGUGCACAUCAAGUGCACGGCGCUCCAUAUGUCUAUAUAAUAGUUAAUAAACUCUCAAGCAAUCCAACAAAAAUCAAAGUCACUAAAGAUCAGAUAGAAAUUCAUGAGAAAUACUCAUUGUCUGGAUUCGCCUUUGACAUUGCCAAGAUUACACUUAAAGAACCGUUGGAGUUCAACGAGAACGUCGGCAGCAUCGAUUUGGUGGAUAAAGAUUACAAAAUGAAUGACCCAUCCGAAAUGGUCACUGUUUAUGGUGAUAUGAUAUUGCAUGGAACAGAGAGAACGAGACGUUAUGAUACAAAGUAUUUGGAUGGCGCCAAAUGCAAAUCGAACUGGGACGAUUUAUUUGAUGCAAAUCAUUUGAUGUGUUACACUUUAGAUGAGAGUAUGGGAAAUCUCUAUGCGUUUGGAGGACCAAUGGUUUCGAAAAAGAAUAACAAACUCGUGGGCAUGACCAUAUUUGGUUUACCUGAUGAGCCAGUUACUUUUCAACCGAUUGCACCUUUGCGUGAUUGGAUCCGGAAGGCAAAGGUAGGACGUUAUCAAAGAAGAUGAAAAAAGGCUUGGAAA